UAGAGGACAUUCCAAAGCUUCAUUGGAGAUGAGAGCUGUACCAACUUGGGUGGACAAAGUCCAUGAUAGGGACAAGCAGGAGCAGUGCAUCUGGGACCUGUGCUUUAAACCUGAUGGAAGUCAAUUGAUUGUAGCAGCUGGCAAUAGAGUGUUGGUAUACGACACAAAUGAUGGGACACUCAUACAGCCACUGAAAGGUCACAAGGAGGCUGUACACUGUGUAUGCUAUGCGAAGGAUGGAAAACGGUUUGCCUCGGGCUCAGCUGACAAAAGUGUCAUCAUCUGGACCAGCAAACUUGAAGGCAUUUUGAAAUACACGCAUAAUGAUGCUAUCCAGUGUAUGUGCUAUAAUCCAGUCACCCAUGCUCUGGCAAGUUGUGCUGUUACAGAUUUUGGGUUAUGGUCCCCGGAGCAGAAAUCAGUGUCGAAACACAAAGUGAGCAGCCGUGUGACAUGCUGUAGUUGGACCAAUGAUGGACAAUACCUUGCCCUGGGACUCUACAAUGGCCUUAUAUCCAUCAGAAACAAGAAUGGAGAGGAGAAGGUAAAGAUAGAGCGACCAGGAGCCAAUAUUUCACCCAUCUGGUCCUUGCAGUGGAACCCAUCCAAAGAUGAAGCAUAUGAUGUUCUGUCAGUUGCGGACUGGGGGCAAAGGCUUUCUUUCUACCAGCUCUCUGGGAAACAGAUUGGGAAGGACCGUCAGCUUGGAUAUGACCCAUGUUUCGUGAAGUGGUUUUCCCGUGGGGAGUAUGUGGUUGUGGGCGGGGCCAACAAGCAGUGUAACCUUCACACAAAGGAAGGGGUCAAACUGGGGACAAUUGGGGACCAGCAGUCAUGGGUGUGGACAGCUGCCAUCAAACCUGACUCCAACUACGUGGCGGUUGGAUGCCAGGAUGGUACAAUAGCGUACUACCAGCUGAUAUUCAGCACCGUACAUGGUCUGUACAAGGACAGAUACGCUUACAGGGACAACAUGACAGAUGUCAUUAUACAGCAUCUCAUCACAGAUCAGAAAGUGAGAAUUAAAUGCCGAGAUCUGGUGAAGAAAAUAGCUAUAUACAGGCACAGAUUGGCAGUUCAGCUCCCAGACAAGAUAGUUGUAUACGAGCUGUACUCAGACGAUGCUGCUGACAUGCACUAUCGCGUCAAGGACAAAAUCAACAGGAAGUUUGAGUGUAACCUGCUUGUUGUCUGCUCCACAAACAUAAUACUGUGUCAGGAUAAGCGUCUACAGUGUUUCACAUUCCAAGGUGUUAAGGAGAAAGAGUGGAUAAUGGAGUCCCUCAUCCGCUACAUCAAGGUCAUCGGUGGGCCUCAGGGACGGGAGGGUCUCCUUGUUGGACUAAAAAAUGGACAGAUCUUAAAGUUGUUUGUGGACAACCCAUUCCCCAUCGCACUACUGAAGCAGAGCACAUCUGUCCGCUGUCUCGACAUGAGUGCUAGUCGGAACCGUCUCGCCGUUGUGGACGAACACAACACCUGUCUCGUGUAUGAUAUCAACACAAAGGAACUACUGUUUCAGGAGCCGAAUGCUAACAGUGUAGCAUGGAAUACCCACUACGAGGACAUGCUGUGUUUCUCUGGUAAUGGCCUGCUCAACAUCAAGGCCAGCAACUUUCCCGUACACCAGCAGAAACUACAGGGUUUUGUGGUUGGGUUUAGUGGGUCCAAGAUUUUCUGUCUGCACAUCUACUCCAUGUCAGCAGUGGAUGUUCCCCAGUCGGCACCCAUGUACCAGUAUCUCGAGAAAAAACUCUUCAAGGAUGCAUACAGGGUGGCAUGUCUAGGGGUCACAGAUGGGGACUGGGAAGCCCUAGCACAUGAGGCUCUAGAGGGGCUUGACUUUGACACUGCAAAGAAGGCAUUCAUACGCAUUAGGGACCUUCGAUAUCUGGAGCUUAUACACAACAUUGAGGAACGUAAGAAGCGCGGUGAGACAGACAACAUGGUGUUUCUGGGUGAUGUGUACGGAUACCAGGGCAAGUUCCACGAGGCAGCCAAGCUCUACAAGAAGUCCGGCCAGGAACACAAGGCCAUGAACAUGUACACAGAUCUCCGCAUGUUCGACUAUGCAAAGGAGUUCAUAGGUUCCGGUGAUCCAAUGGACAAAAAGAUGUUGAUAACAAAGCAAGCAGACUGGGCCAAGAGCAGUAAUGAGCCCAAGGCUGCUGCGGAGAUGUACAUCAGUGCUGGGGAGUUUGUCAAGGCCAUCGAGAUAAUUGGCGAUCAUGGAUGGGCGGAAAUGUUGAUUGACCUUGCCCGUAAGCUAGACAAGGCUGACCGUGAAUCUCUUUCCCGCUGUGCCCACCACCUGGCACGCUUAGAGCAGUAUGGCUAUGCAGCUGAAGUCUACAGCAAGAUGGGAGACCACAAGGCCCUUAUAAUGCUACAUGUGGACGCUAAACAUUGGGAGGAUGCAUUCACGUUGGUGGAGAAGCACCAGGAGUACCGUGAGGAGGUGUACGUGCCUUACGCCCAGUGGCUCGCAGAAAAUGACCGCUUUGAGGAGGCACAGCAAGCGUUCCACAAGGCCGGUCUGCAGGCAGAGGCAGUGAAGGUAUUGGAGCAGCUCACCCACAACGCUGUCAUUGAGAGUCGCUUUAAUGACGCUGGGUACUACUUCUGGAAACUAUCCAUACAGUGUCUGGACAUUGCCAGAGAUGAGCCAGACAAGAUGGAGGAGAUGUUGCCCAAGUUCUACGACUUCCAGCGUAAAGCUGACAUGUACUAUGCCUACCAUUCCAUACAGAGAUACACAGACGAGCCGUUCACGUCACACCUGCCUGAAGCCUUGUUCAACAUUUCCCGGUACCUGCUUCACCAGAUGAACAAUGAUAUACCACAUGGAAUCUCUAAGGCUGGCACUCUGUAUGCUCUAGCUAAGCAGAGUAAAAAUCUGGGAGCCUUCAAGCUAGCACGGUUUGCAUACGACAAGCUGCAAGCUGCGAAGGUACCAGGAAGGUUUCAGGAGGCAGUUGACCUUGGCUCCAUACAGAUACGAUCCAAACCAUUCCUGGAUGGCGAGGAGUUGUUGCCGAUGUGUUACCGGUGUUCUACAACCAACCCUCUCCUCAACCCCGGAGGCGGCAAAUGUGUCAACUGUUCACAACCCUUCGUAAACUCAUUUGUUUCUUUUGAGGUUCUUCCCCUGGUGGAGUUUGUAUUGGAAGACGGGAUCACAGAUGAGGAAGCUAUAACCAUCCUCGACCUGUCUGUGCCUAUCAAAAAGGACGAGGAUCGCAAGUGGAAUGAGUCUCGUGCUGGCAACAUGCAGUCCCUGAGACUGGGAGAUGAACCCGAGGAUGAGGAGGAACAGGAGGACCCCUUCUCCAACAAACUCCUGACAUUUGAUCAAGGAGACACAGAAUUCCGUCCAGUGAUAGUGAACCGUAACGUGCUGAAGACAUUGUCACGUGCGGAUGUGUACAUCAGGAAGUGGCCCCGCCCCCUGCGACACCAAUAUUUCCGCUCACUUCUCCCAGAUGUCUCAAUAACUAUGUGUCCAUGUUGUCAGAAGUUGUUCCACACUGAUGACUUUGAGCUGCAGUACCUGCAAAAUGGCCACUGUCCUUUCUGUCGCCACAAACAGGAGAGCUGAGCAAAGAAUACCCGAUAAAACCUAAGGAUACCUACAUUAGAGAUGUCGCAAACUCUACAUGGAUGCAAUCCACCUUGAAUUCUAACUUUUAUUUUGACAUUUUAUCAAACCAAGGAAAAGUUGAGUGGAAAACGAAAAAAAAGUUAAUAAAUUACAUUUCAGCUUACAUAUUGACAGUCAAUUGGUAGCAAAUACCUUGAAAUGGUAUAAAGUUCGUUUUGAAAUUAGGCCCCUAGUAACAAAUCUGUAUGCUUUUUUUCAUAUUGGAAAAAGCUGUUGUUAAAUGCAUGUAUGUGUUAUCGUCAAGAAGCAGUGUUGAUGCAAUUCAAUUGUGAUUCUAAAUGAAUUCUCGAGUUUGGAAAUAGUGUUCCAUGAUAACAAUUACCAUAGUCUAGAUCUGAUUUAUUUCGUUUAUAAAAUUGAAUGAAGCUAUGAAGAAAAUCCAAGUGUUUAACUGUUCCAUAUUUCCGUCCUUAUAUGUACACAUAUCAGAAACAGGUUGUGCUUUGUUGCCUGGGUAUUCAUGUGUUCUCCACAUUCUACAGUUUAAAUCUGAUUCUGUUAUUUUGUUUAUGAAAUAAUUUCUUUGUGUUAUUAUAGCAAGUCAUGAUGCUUUAAAAUUCACUGCAUAAAUAUUAUUUAAGGGAAUUGAAAUCACUAUUUUAAAACAUUGAAUCCUAUGAGUCUAGUGUUGUCUCCAAAACGAUUCAGUGCUUAUUUUGGAGUUACAUGUGAUAAUAAUCUGUGUUGUAGAUAAUAUUACGACCGAUAAUUUGUUAAUGAUGAUUGAUUUUAUUGUAAAUAUGAGAUAACAUAUUUAUUUUUCAUUAUAUCUUUUUUCACUUGUGAUUUUGUAAUAAAAAAAUGAACU